AUUAAUUUAAUGAACAUUUCACGUCAAUCCCUUAAUUUGGAUAUGGAAAAACGGAAAGUUGCUUCAACAGAUAAUGAUAUGAACUUCCUUGGGUUUGAGAUUAGUGAAGACGGCUACCUGAAUAGUCGUACCAAAUUUGGGUGUCAAUCAGAUUGGCCAGAUCUUCUGAGAUAUGCUAGAAAGCUAGAUGUUUCCAUUGAGUUCAGGCAAGGAAAGGCUGGAGUAAUUAUUAAUGGUGAAUUUUUUGAUGAAGGUGCUCCACUUCAGAAGUUGCUAUUCAAACAGACAGUUAAUCGAGAUUUGCAAAAAGCAAAGCAAUUGUCAGUUCAAGGCCCCUUUCUCUGCAUGACUGAUGUUCAGUUGAAAUCCUCCCAUUCAAUUUUUUACAACUGGAAAGUAAGUGAUUUACUGGUGAAGUUUGCAAUAAAAGCACGGUUGAGUCUACUUCCAACAAACUUCACAAAGCAUGUAUGGAAUCGUGAUAAUGACCCUUCUUGCCCCUUUUGCCAUCAGCACACGGAAAGUGUCGCACAUCUGAUGAAUGGAUGUAGAGAGUUUCACAACUUUUAUAGUCGACGUCACAAUCGAAUUGCUGACAAAAUAUUUGAGGUGAUCUCAGGAAGUAUAAGUGGUUUCCAGUUUCAUGCAAACAAACUUGCAGAAUCAAUAAUAACGGAAUAUGGUGAUGAAUUACAGCGUAUUACGCAUCGUAAACCUGACAUCAUUAUCAUUGACAAUCAGUCACGUAAAUGCAUUAUCUUAGAGGUGACUGUCUGCUACGAUCUGUAUUUUGAGCAAGCACUGAACACCAAAGAGAAACGGUAUCAGCCGCUGUGCAGUCUGCUGCAGUCGUUAGGUUGGGAGGUGGAUUUGAAAGUGCUUUGCUUUGGCUCACUUGGUUGCAUCAAAAAGGAUGUUUGGACUGUUAUGAGAUCAUUGUCAGUAGAUAAGUUGAUUGUAAAGAGCACAUUACAGUGGUGCUCGGUAUCAAAUUUGAUAAUGGCCAACUAUAUAUGGAGACACAGGGUUAAGAAGUUAUUCAUGUGAGUCUAUUUUCUCUCGGCCCUUGCGUAUGAUCAGAUACAAUAAGUUCUAUAUUACAUUUUCACAUUGAAUGACUUCUAAAUCUUGUGUCUCACAGUUUAUAUGAAGUGAUUAUGUAUGUGGUGGAUAACACAAGCCUAGUAGACAUACCUUUUAUGUUAACUGAGCUUUUAGCUCGGACACUAGGGCAAAUACGAAUUUAUUAUUAUUAUUAUUAUUAUU